AUGGCUGAAGCUGUGCUUGAACUUGUCCUUGAUAAUUUGAGCUCACUCGUUCAGAAGGAGCUUGGCCUACUUCUUGGUUUUGAAAAAGACUUCAAAAGUUUUUCAAGCAUGCUCACUACAAUCAAAGCUACACUUGAAGAUACUGAGGAGAAACAAUUUACUAACAAAGCUAUCAAGGAUUGGUUGCUUAAGCUUAAAGAUGCUGCCUACGUCCUUGAUGAUAUCCUGGACGAGUGUGCCACCAAAGCAGUGGAGUUGGAGUACAAAGGAUCCAAGGGUGGACUACCCGAUAAGGUACAAAGCUCUUGCCUAUCUUCUCAUGAGAUAGAAAUUAUGCAUGAAGUAAAAGGGAUGUCUAGGGAAAAUGCUCUUGAAUUGUUGAGGUGGAUGGCUUUUAAAAGUUAUAAAGUUCCUUCAAGUUAUGAAGAGAUUUUAAACCGUGCAGUCGUGUAUGCUUCUGGCCUUCCAUUAGCUAUAGAAGUAGUGGGUUCCAACUUGUUUGGAAAGAGUAUUUCAGAAUGUGAGUCUACAUUAGAUAAGUAUCAAAGAAUUCCAAACGAAGAUAUCCAAAAGAUACUUAAAGUAAGCUUUGAUGCUUUGGACGAAGAACAACAAAGUGUCUUUUUGGAUAUUGCUUGUUUCUUCAAAGGAUGUAUAUUGGCAAAAGUCGAAGAGAUACUUAAACUUCAUUAUGGUUAUUGCAUAAAGAGCCACAUUGGAGGAUUGGUUGAUAAGUCUCUCAUAAAAAUUAGUGAAUGUUACACUUUGAAUGAAGUGACAUUACAUGACUUGCUAGAGGUCAUGGGUAAAGAAAUUGUCCGGAAAGAAUCACCUAAAGAGCCUGAAAAGCGUAGUCGGUUGUGGUGUCGUGGUGACAUAAUUCAAAUUUUACAGGAAAACAAAGGAACAAGUAAAAUUGAGAUGAUAUAUCUGAAUUCUCCCUCAAUGGAUCUGGUAAUAGACUGGAAUGGAAAGGCUUUCAAGAAGAUGACAAAUCUCAAAACACUUAUUAUUAAAAAUGUCUCUUUUACUAAAGAUCCCAAGUAUCUUCCAAGCAGUUUGAGAGUAUUGAAAUUGAAUGGAUGUUCUACAGAGUCUCUAUCAUCUUGUAUUGGCAGCAAGGAAGCUUGA